AGUGGGGAUGACUUUAGAGUCGAUGAUGGCCUGCUGCCUGAGCGAAGAGGCCAAGGAGUCAAAACGAAUCAACGCUGAAAUCGAUAAGCAGCUGCGCCGGGACAAACGCGAUGCUAGACGGGAGCUGAAGCUGCUGCUACUCGGAACGGGCGAGAGCGGCAAGAGUACGUUCAUCAAACAGAUGCGCAUCAUCCACGGCGCUGGAUACACAGAUGAAGACAAGCGUGGCUUUACCAAGCUGGUGUACCAGAACAUCUUCACCUCCAUGCAGGCCAUGAUCCGUGCCACCGAGACCCUGAAGAUUGGCUACAAGUAUGAACAGAAUAAGGCCAAUGCUAUGCUAGUGAAGGAGGUAGACAUCGAGAAGGUGAUGUCCUUUGACCACCCCUACAUCAAUGCCGUAAAGAUGCUGUGGUCUGAUCCAGGCAUUCAAGAGGCCUACGACAGACGCCGAGAGUACCAGCUGUCAGACUCCACCAAAUAUUAUCUGUCUGAUCUGGAUCGUAUUGCCGAAUCUUCGUACCUUCCCACCCAACAGGAUGUUCUGAGGGUUCGAAUCCCGACCACGGGGAUCAUUGAAUACCCAUUCGACCUUCAAAGCAUCAUUUUCAGGAUGGUUGAUGUCGGGGGUCAGAGGUCAGAGCGCAGGAAGUGGAUCCACUGUUUUGAGAAUGUGACGUCCAUCAUGUUUCUGGUGGCUCUGAGCGAAUACGAUCAGGUUCUGGUGGAAUCAGACAACGAGAAUCGUAUGGAGGAGAGCAAGGCUCUGUUCAGGACGAUAAUCACAUAUCCAUGGUUCCAGAACUCCUCGGUCAUCCUAUUCCUCAACAAGAAAGAUCUGCUGGAGGAGAAGAUCUCCUACUCACACCUGGUGGACUUUCCAGAGUUUGACGGGCCCCAGAGAGACGCCCAAGCUGCGCGUGAGUUCAUCCUGAAGAUGUUUGUGGAUCUGAACCCUGACAGCGACAAGAUCAUCUACUCUCAUUUCACCUGCGCCACCGACACAGAGAACAUCCGCUUUGUGUUCGCAGCGGUGAAAGACACCAUCCUGCAGCUAAACCUGAAGGAGUACAACCUGGUGUGAGACCAGUCCCCACACCGAUCACAUGAUUAAGCAUUGAACAGGCACCCACAGAGCGUGCGCACACACACUUACACACACACACACAUGCAUCAUGAACACACAGCUCUUUUCAUUUCUCUUUCCCAGCUUCCAAGGUUCUUCUCUUUCUGUCCAGUGGAAUCGGAAACAGACACGUCCUGCUUUGUUUUUAUUUGUAAGUCUGUCCGCUCAUCCCCGGCAGCUCUCGUCAAAGGCCUCUCCUUUCCUUUAUCAAAUCUGAACACCCAAAAACGGGGUCGGAUUUGACAAAGGCUGUUAGACUCCAACUCGCCGUUCUAACGUUUAUGUAUUUCAAGGAAAACGUUGAAUGGGCAGAGCUACGUUGAGAAUUGUGAUUCGUUGGCCUGAUUAAAAACUGGAAGUGACGUUCCUUCCCCUUCCUGUACUAUCGCUUGCUCUUCAAUCACGCCAUCUGCUCCGUGAGCGUCUCGUUUUUUUCUUCUUCUUCAGGAAUUCUGUCUGGAUGAAUGGAAAGGUUUUCACAGCCCUGCAAAAAGACGAGAAAACUAAAUCAAAUCAAAUAAUCACCACAAUAUAUUUACAUACUUGGACACAUGGACUAGUGCUGUGGUGCCAGAGGUUCCGAGAAUGGAAUUCUAGGAUUCCGUGGGAUUCUAGAAUCCAGCAGGUUCCAGUGAAGGUGUGGAGAACCUUUCACUCGCAGAGAUGUGAUGAUUCUCUGGACGAGGCUAGUCUUCAGCUCGCAUCGAUGAAUGUAAACUUCAUGUGAGAGCAUCGCAAAUGCAAAAAACCAACAAAAAAAUGUCACAAAAAAAAAACGAAAACACACAAAAAAAAAUGAUAAUGAGCGAAAAUAGUGUAAGAAUGCCUAUAUAAGCAAAACGAUACAAAGCACGCGAGGGAGAGAUGAAACUAAUUAAAUCUGUGUAUAUUGCUGAGAUGAUCAUUUUAAAAGAACUUUUUAAUGAUAAGUAACUAUAGCUACUGCUACCGAAUAUAAAGUAAAUUAUAACAGCAGUCGAGUUAAUGAUGGGUAAGAGACGCCGAUUUUUAAAUGUGCGCGAAACACAUACGAUAAGGUAUUGUUCUGCAGAUUUCCACAUUUAACGUUAAAAGUGAUUGCAUUGCUUCCUUCCCCCAUGGUUGUUAUCUUUUAUCUUCCUGUUUUUGUUUUAAUUUCACGAUCUAAAAACAUCGUUUUUUUUCCGUAAAUAGAUACUUUAUCAAUUCAGAAUCGGGGUCGUAGACUCGCGGGUAUCGUCGUCAUCCAGUGGCCCGGUUGCACACAAUCUAUUAUUUGUUUACGCUGUUUUUUUUUUUUGGUUAUUAUUAUUAUUAUUAUUGUCAUGGCGUAACUUUAUCGGUCAACAAUUUUCAAUAUUUUCGCACGACUUUUGAUGGGAUCGUGGGAGGACGAGGGUGGGGGGACAGGAAUGCAUUUAUGCGCUGAAGUUAAUUGAUUGUGUAUAUUUAUAUUUGUAAAUACGUAUACACAUUAUUGCUUAUGUACAAAACGUCUGUGGUACACUAUCUUUGGCAAAAAAAAUAAGAGAAAAAAUCACUUUUUCGUAAUUGUGUACGGUUCUGUUGGUUUUCUUAUGAAUUACAAUAUUAUUGAUACUGUGAUUCUUCGUUUUAAUUUUUGGUUUUUCUUUUUUGGUCUCUAUGAAUACGUCAAAUGAUAUACACAUAGCUGUACGCGUGGAGGAUGAACGUCAUUUUUAAUCAGAAAUGCACACGGUUAUGAUGAGCAAUAGUCUGAGAGAUUCUAGACUUCGGAAAAAAAGCAUCAGAGAAGGAACGCGCCUCCUCUAUGAUGUGAAUGUUAUAUGAGAUAAGAAUAAAACAAAUCUGAUUUUUAAGCAAAAGAGUAAUUAAAUAAAGAACGUUUUAUUUAUAUAAUUUAUGGACCAGAUCUGAAGUUGUUGAUAAUUUGAAUGCUAUUGUUUCCUCUUUUGCUAUAUGAAGCACUCCCAUGUUAUGAGACAGAAAUAGGAGACUAGUGUCUGUACUGCUGUAUAAAACCUCCAUUAUGGAUACAAUUAUCAGCUCUUUUUUUUCUCAAAACACAGUAUAUUGUACAAUAUUUCCCUGGCUACACUUUUCACUUUUUCUUUUAUUUUAUUGUUAAAUUUCCAGAUGAUGUUUAGGUGAAGUGCUUAACAGCAAACAUAGGAAAUGUACCAUAUGAAAAUAGACAGCUUUUUAUCUGUGAUUGAAGAUCUGUUUGGUCGACGCUUUCCAAGCAGUGACUUUUUUUUCUUUCUUUCUUUCGAUUCCGAUUUCGUUUCAAUUUCUUUCUAAAUUCACCGCUUGUUUCCUUCAUUGUGUACGUGAUGCAAAGAUUGAAGAAAAAAAACAAGUAUUCUACGGUUCUUUUACAGUCGAUAUUUUAUACAGGUGAUGUUUCAUUCAUUUUCAUCAAGGGCUACGAAAAAAAAUGUGCCGUGCGAAAUCCAGAAACGAUUGGUCACUGUUGGACGUGCGAGGAGAAACUUCACUUUCGUGAUCGGUUUGAGCAGAUUCAGAAAUGCACCCAUUUCCACCAUGUGUUACUUCUUAUUUGAUCACUUUUGCUACCAUGCAUCGAAGUUCAUCACUUGCCACGGUCAUCAGACUCUUUCUUGAUGGAUAUAAAACCUGACGUGUUCUUUGUAAAACGAAACCUGUGUGAACUCAGUGUUUUAGUGGGGUUUGGAAAUCUCACCAUUUUGUAACUCCAGUGUUUUCUUAGAUAUCUGUAGUGAGUUAGAUUUGAAGAAACCGAUGAUACCAAGCAAACCAUGAAGCACUAAAUCAUCCAAAAUACCAUAGUAUUGAUGCAUUUCAUUCUUCGAAUGGAUCUUUGACAUGGAGUUUAAGGCUCUGGCCACUAUAAUAACAGCGUGUAAGAUGCAUUGCUCCUGGAAGGGGACAUUUAUUUGCUUCAGCUUGAUCAUUCUUAAUGCACUUUUUGGUUUUUCGUGCCAGAAGGCGAAUGCCUUGAAUGCUUGGACCGUUUGAUCAACACAUAUCCAUUAAUGUGCCAGUUCCAGAAGUCUCGUAUUGGACGUUCCCUCAAGAACCUCUACCUCUGUGAACCGUCUGAUGUUUUUUGGGGCAUUUUAGGAUUGGUAGACGUGACAAGCACACUUCUUUAGUCCACAGGGCACAGUUGAUGAGGUUUGGAGGCCAAACUUUAUUUGUUUGUUGUAUCUUGCCAAUGACCUGCAUUUAUUGUAAGCGCUUCAAACACUGAACAUGGCAAACAGCACUUUCCUCAGGUCAGAUUGUUGGGCGACUUCUGAGUGGAAAAAAUAGUACCAGUUUGGGAUUAUGAGUUGUUUGCCUGGAGCUUUAUGCUUUGGUUCUGCAGUUGAUAGUUUUCACGUGACGUCACACCAUUAGGGGAACGCCACCCUGGCGGGCAAAACUUUACUAUCUCCUGCUGACCGACAAGUAUUUUAGGCAAAAAGCAAGAUAAUUGUUAUGCAAUAAGAUAUAGCGUUACUAACCAAUGAGGAGACACAUCUAGGCUGUGCUUCUACACAAUUCCUUCAUGGAAAGAUCAGCCAGAAAGGAGAAAUGUAAGGGUUUGUGUUUAAUGGUAGCAUCGUUGACCCAUAACAAUCCUUUAACUGUCUCUAUUCUAUACAGUUUCUGUUGUAAUUUGCAGACUAAGUGCAAUUAAAGUAUAAACUCCAAUGCAAAGUCAAACUAUGAAUAGCUUAGGUGAACAAAUAGAUUACAUCCACUAAUCCAAGCAAAAGAAACCGACGCCAGACAUAAAAGCAGGCACUUGAGUUCAACACAGAUCCUUCUUGAAGCUCUUUACUUAUCUAAAUCAGGUGUGUUAAACAAAUGAGACAUGCAAAAUAAGCAGCGCAAGGACCAGGAUUAAGAACCACUGGUCGUUCCAAACUGGAUAUAUCGCCCUCUGAAGGACACUUUAGAGUAAAAACAAUCAUGGCCAACAUAUUGAAGUGUCCCUCCAAACCAAAGUGCUCAAAAUUAGCCUUCUGAAUGAAGGAUUUUGUUGGUGGACACUUCGGUUUCAUUCAGAAUGGUUCUUUACUAUGCCAUAAUCCCUAUGAAGCGGUUGCUCCCUUCAAAGAUAUUAGGACAUAAGGACUUGAGUGCCCUUUUUAUACAGUUUCUAAUCUAAUUUGCAGGCUAAGUGCAAUUAAAGUAUACAUUGAAGUGCAAAGUCAAAGUAUGAAUGGCAGAAGUAAACAAAUAGUUUUCGUUCACUACCAGUAAAUAUUCAUCCAAGCAAAAGAAACCGACACCAAACACAAAAGCAGACACUUGAGCGUGCUUUUUAUGUCGUCUCUAACCUAAUUCGCAGGUUAAGUGCCAUUAAAGUAUAAAGUGAAAUGCGAAGUCAAAGUAUAAAUAGCAGAAGUGAAUGAAUAGGAUUAAUCCAAGCUAAAGAAACUGACAUCAAACACAAAAGCUAAACACUAAAUCUCUGAGGAAUACCCACAAGAUAAAGGUAAACAUUGACAAACUGGAGCUGUAACAGAGAGAUGACAGUUUUAAAUGACUGAAAAGCGGCUGCGGGUGCAGAAUAUGGAUCACAAGUGCUCCAGUUUACAAUUUGUGAUGAUCAGUUUAUGUGUGAUCUAAAUAUUCGUAACUUGAAAUGGAUGGAAAUCUGAGCAGAUUGUGUUAUGAUUUUAAGGAGAUCCCAUUGUAGCUGCCAUUACCGCUCAUUGUUGUUUUUUUUGCCCGCUAGGUCUCUGCGCAGGUCACGUGAAUGUAAACUAUCAAUGGACAGAUGAAUAGACAUAUCGGUAGUGAUGGCCAUUCUCAAAGGCGGUUUAGAUACAGAAGUUAGGCUAGUAAUAUAUUGUUGAUGCAGGAAUCAACAUUCAGCAGUGCAGUGUUUCUCAUCCACGUUCUAGCUCUGCACAUUUUCCAUGUCUCCUUAACCAAACACACCAGAUUCAGAUGAUCAGCUCAUUAGCAGAGACUGAAAGACCUGAAAUGGGUGUGACGGACAUAGGAGACAUCCAAAACAUGCAGUGUUGGUGGUCCUCCAAGAACGUGGUUGAGAAACACUGCAGUAGUCAAAUGAGUGCUAAAGCUUACUCUAAACGCUCUAUACAAAUGGAUAUUAUUACUUUAGGAAAUGUGGCUUUUGUUGCAACCAAAAUGGCUUCAUUUCAGGGGGCAUUUACACUAGACUGUAUCAACCAAAACUAUCAUUUGGCCAUUGAUUGAACUGAUUUCAGACCAAUCUGCGACUUUUAGAAGCACGCCGAUAUGUUUGAUAUGUAGUAAUGAGCAUUCAGUGGUUCUCGAUCCUUGUUCAUGCUCAUAUUUUGUAUGUUUCUCUUACCGCUUUAAAGGUUUGUUCCAUUAGACUGCAUGUUCCCUGUGAAAUAUGAAUGAUUCCAGUUUGAAAUCAUGUUCAAUUCAAAGGGUAACAUGCGCAAGAUGUGACUUCUACGCUAAUCACAUGAUUACAGUUAAAUAGCCUUUCACACUUCUGUAAUAAUUGAAAAUUCUGGCGCAAAUCCUUUUUUUUGGGGGGGGGUUUGUUUUGGAUUAAGUACAUUUCAAGUUGAACACUAUAUAGGGAACAUGUUGAUCUCAACACAGAUCCUUCUUAGAGCUCUCUACUUAUCUAAAUCAGCCGUGUUAAAACAAAUGAGACAUGCAAAAUAAGCAGCGCAAGGACCAGGAUUGAGAACCGCUGGUUGUUCCAAACUGGAUAUGUUGCCCUCUGAAGGACACUUUAGAGUAAAAGCAAUCAUGGCUGCCAUAUUGAAGUGUCCUUCCAAAGCGAAGUGCUCAGAAUUAGCCACUUCGAAGGGGUCUUCUGAAUGAAGGGUACAAUUGGUGGACACUUCGGUCCCCUAUGAUCCUUUGCGCAGGGAAGUUGUUUGGUGUCAAACAGCAUACUUCAUUCAGAAUGGUUCCUCCCUAUGCCAUAAUCCCAUUGAAGCGGUCGUUCCCUUCAAAGAUUUUAGGGCAUAGGGAUGAAGUCUUCCAAAUGGAACUUCUGUAGUAAUUGACUAAUCUCUUUUCUUUGGUUUUGUUUUAAAUUAUGCACAUUUCAAGUUCAGCCUAUUUCCCAUGUGCAUGGGAAGGCAUAGAAAGCAGUGAACACUAUGUAGGGAACAUGUGGAGCUCAACACAGAUCCUUCUUGGAUCUCUUUACUUGUCUAAAUCAGCUGUGUUAGACAAAAGAGACAUGCAAAAUAAGCAGCGUGAGGACCAGGAUUAAGAACCGCUGUUUUUUUCAAAUGGGACAUAUCGCCCUCUGAAGGACUUUUCAGAGCAUAGGUCUUAAAGUGGAGUUCUAGGCCGCAGCUCUGCACAGUUUUGCUCCAACCUUAAUCAAACACGGCUGAUCCAAAUAAUUGAGUGUUCAAGAGUCUCGAUCACCUUGAUUAGUUGCAUCAGCUUUGUUUGAUUAAGGUGGGAGCAAAACUGCAGAGCUGCGACUCUCCCGGAAUAAAGAUUGAGACCUAUGCUUUAGAGUAAAAACAAUCAUGGCUGCCAUAUUGAAGUGUCGCUCCAGACCAAAGUGCUCAAAUUAGCCACUUCGAAUAGGUCUUCUGAAUGAAGGGUACAACUGGUGGACACUUCGGUCCCCUAUGAUCCUUUGCAUAGGAAAGUUGUUUGGUGUCAAGCAGCGAGCUUCAUUCAGAAUGGUUCCUCCCUAUGCCAUAAUCCCUUUAAAGCGGUCGCUCCCUUCAAAAAUAUUAGGGCAUAGGGAUGAAAUCUUCCAAAUGGAGCUUCUGUAGUAGUUGAAAAUUUUGCCGCUAAUCUCUCUUUUUGGUUUUGUUUUAAAUUAAGCACAUUUCAAUUUCAGCCUAUUUCCCAUGUGCAUAGAAAGCAGUGAACGCUAUAUAGGCAACAUGUCGAUCUCAACACAGAUCUUUCUUGGAGCUCUCUACUUAUCUAAAUCAGCUGUGUUAGAUAAAAGAGACAUGCAAAAUAAGCAACGCAAGGACCAGGAUUGAGAACCGCUGGUUGUUUCAAAUGGGAUAUAUCACCCUCUGAAGGACACUUUAGAGCACAGGUGUCAAAGCCAGUUCCUGGAGGUCCGCAGCUCUGCACAGUUUAGUUCCAAACCUAAUUAAACACACCUGCUCUAACUGAGUGCUUCAGGCUUCUUUGAUACCUACAGAUUGGUGUGUUGAAGCAGGGCUGGAACUAAACUCGGCAGGGCUCCGGCCCUCCAGGAAUUGACUCUGACACCCCUGCUUUAGAGCAUAGGCCUCAAACUGCAGCUCUGCAGUUUUGCUCCAACCCUAAUCAAACACAGCUGAUCCAAAUAAUCGAGUGCUCAAGAGUCUCGAACACCUUGAUUAGUUGCAUCAGCUGUGUUUGAUUAGGGUUGGAGCAAAACUGCAGAGCUGCAGCCCUCCAGGAACUGAGUUUGAGACCUAUACUUUACAGCAGGGCUGCCCAAACUCAGUCCUGGAGGGCCGGUGUCCUGCAUAGUUUAGUUAACACUUCCUUUGACACACCUGCUUGAAGUUUCUAGUAUGCCUAGAAGGAGCUUGAUUAGAUGGUUCAGUUGUGUCUAACUGGGGUUGGAACUAAAUUGUGCAGGACACCGGCCCUCCAGGUUGGAGUUUGGACACCCCUGCUUUAGAGUAAAAACGAUCAUGGCCGCCAUAUUGAAGUGUCGAUCCAAACCAUACCUGUCAACAUUUAGUUCAGAAAAUUAGGGAGACGCGUUGGUGCGCGUUGGGUUUGGUGCAUGAACAUGCACUAGGUUUCAGGCCGGACUGUACCAAAAAGCUUAGGAGCAGGGGAGGUUUUCCGGGAGACAGAACAAUACGGGAGAUGGGUCUGAAAUACGGGAGACUCCUGGGAAAAACCGGGAGUGUUUUUAGGUAUGAUCCAAACCGAAGUGCACAAAAUUAGCCACUUUGAAUGGCUCUUCUGAAUGAUGUUGAAGGGUGUAACUGGUUAACACUUUGGGCUCCCAUAAUCCUUUGCGCAAGGAAGUUGUUUGGUGUCAAACAGCAUGCUUCAUUUAGAAUAGUUCCUCUCUAUGCCAUAAUCCCUUUGAAUGGGUCGCUCCCUUCAAAGAUAUUAGGGCACAUAGGGAUGAAAUUUUUCAAAUGGAACGCUUUGCAAAUGUGUUUCUUAAUAAUGGCGCCAUCUAUUGGCCUGGCAUGCAGAAUGUGGCAUGUAGAGUAAUUUUUGUGAAUCUGUGAACAAGGACUGUUUUGCUAACAUUUAAAGGGAUAGGUCACCCUUAAAAAAUCACCUUCAAGUGUUUCUUUGAGUCUUUUUUUCUGUUGAAUACAGAAGAUAUUUUGAAGAAUGUUGGAACCUGGUAACCAUUAAAACCAAACCAAAUACACUAAAAAAUGACUUUUGCUGUUUGCUCAAACUGCUUAUAUAAAAUAAGCUGAAACGACCCUCAAUUCUUGAGGGUUUUUCGAGACAACUUAAAUGUUUUAAGUUUAAUCUACUUAAAUUUGUAAAAGCUAAUAAGUUCACUUCCUCCAUGCUGUCCCAGUGCAAACCAAUUGUAUGGAACCCAGCAUUUCCUUACAGUGUGCUAAGAAAAUCAAUGGCUACCAGUUUCCAGCAUUUUUCUAAAUAUCUUCUUUUGUGUUCCACAGAAGUUGAGAACUCCUAAAGGUCUGCGACAUGUAAAAGGUGAAUAGUUGAUGGCUUUUCAUUUUUUAGGUGAACUAUUUCUUUAACAUCUUGAACACAUCAGAUUACAGUACACUGUUGUAGUGUAAAUGCACCCUUAAAAUGAACCCUGCUUUCAGAGCUUUCUCGUUGGGAUGAAUCCAUUGGGUAGGAUGAACACAUGAAGCUUGAUUAAAGCAAAUUUGCAGCUGACAGCGAGAUUUUCAUGCAGGCUUGUUUACUGGUACGGUUAGAUGCAUCUGUUUGGUGGACGGUCGAAUGGCUAAAGUUCUGACCCUCUGAAAGAGUGAUUAAAAUUUCAGCUUUUCAUCCCGUUCUUUAAUUGUUAUCCAUUUACCGUCAGACGCUGAGUCCAGGACCAUGUGCGUUUUGAUUUUGGGAUUUCUCUCUUGGCUUCUUUCACUCUUUUCUUUUUUGUAAUUACACCAAAUGUAAAUGUUGUAUAAUAUCGUGCGUGCCAAUCCCCUUCUCUGAGACUGACUCAUAACAAGUGCCAAUUGUUGUCCAAAUCACAUGCGGACCGUGAAAUUAGACACGGCCCGCUUUGAAAAACAAGUAAAACACUAAGUGAAAGUAAACGGAUUUACUUUGUAUUUAAGUUUGAGGAUAAACUGCUGUUUUCUCUUCUCUCUUCUUAUUUUUUUAGAGGAAUUGUAAUUAUUAAAGCAUGUGCUCUUUGUCCAGGUGGGAGUUUUGGGCUCAGACAAACAUCAAAAUCCUCGACGUGAGGAGAAACGUAGUGGAAAUUUAUUUUACAACAUUCUCGCCAUAUUUUUUUUUUGUUUGUUUGUUGUUGUUGUUUUUAUUUGUUUCAUUUCAACCACUGUUGCCUGAACCUCAUUCAAACAUGGAAAUGAUUUUCAUAACCGCCUUCUAAAAAAAAAAAAGGAAAACAAAAAUAAAAAUUAUAAAGUAUCUGUUUUAAAUUUAAAUAAAUUUGUUCCUAUACUU